AAUAUUGGCAGCUCGCUCGUGGAAUUCCAAGGCAGCGUCUAGAAUCUAGCAGAUUUGGCAAAAGUUUUGCCGCGAAUUUCGGGCGAUCGAGAAGAGUCAAUGCGAUGCUCGGUCUCAUCAGUCUCAGCUAUAAAUCGUAGCAGCAGCACAGCACAAGCUAUUAGCGAAGAGAUCUGUUGCAUAGCUUACGGCGAGUAAACUCUCAUUCUUAUCUGAGCUUAGGAGGAUGGCCGGAGGAGGGCGGCUUGCGCUGGUGGCGGCGCUGCUGUGCGCGGCGGCGGCCAUGGCCGCGGCGCAGCAGGCGUCCGGCGUGCGCGCCACCUACAACUACUACCGCCCCCAGAACAUCAACUGGGACCUGAACGCCGCCAGCGUGUACUGCGCCACCUGGGACGCCGGCAAGUCGUACCAGUGGCGCAGCAGGUACGGCUGGACCGCCUUCUGCGGGCCCGCCGGCCCCACCGGCCAGGCCUCGUGCGGGCAGUGCCUCCGGGUGACGAACUCGGCGACGGGCGCGUCGACGACGGUGAGGAUCGUGGACCAGUGCAGCAACGGCGGGCUGGACCUGGACUACGACACGGCGUUCAGCAAGAUCGACACCGACGGUUCAGGCGUCCGGGACGGGCACCUCACCGUCAGCUACCAGUUCGUCAACUGCGGCGACAACUGAAAACUGAUGAUGACUCCAUCACCAGGAGCAGCAGCAGCUGCUGCUGCACGUAUAUAGAAUUAUAUAUGUAACCCCACAUGGUGAAAUUAAACUUGAGGAUGAAUAAGUGGGCGUCCAGUGAAAAUAAAUUGAAGCUUUGUUGUUGUUAUUGUUGAACAAUGUGGAAUAAUAAAAAGUUACAUAUCACAAGGCAUGUUGCCUAUACUUUAAAAA